GAGUCCGUGUUCGAGGGUGUCGUCAAUAGUUACCACAGCCACAAAGUCGUAAACACCGCCUAAUUUCUGUAAUGUAUCUUCUACAUAUAUAUGUAGAAUGCUAACCCAUAUAUAUAUUUUAAACCUAACCUUAGCAGUGUGGUUAACGUUAUGCAUAACCGUAAGCACAAGUUAAGAACAAAAAUACGUUUUUUGUUUUCAUAAAUGUUUUGCCAUGUUUGACUUUGUGGAUGUGGUAACUAGUGAAAAACCAGGACGAGCGCAUCACCGUGAUGUAUCAUGGGUAAAUUGUGACUGACUGAUGUGCAAAUAAUAUGUAGUAGUUAUUCAUGAUGCACCGUGAUAUAUAGAUCAGAAUCGCCCGUAGUCGGAUACGUUUCAUACAUUUUUACGAAAUAGCUCAUUUUAGCACUGCAUUGGCUUUAAGCCUUGUUGCUAGAGUUUCUUGUUGACAGGUUAUUAUUUAGGGAAAAAAUGCUAACACAAUUAGCUGUUUUCGGUUUUGAUUUGAUGAUUGCAUCUUUUGGUAUGGAAUGUUAUCAUCUGACUUUUUACAGGAUGUUACAGAAAAGCGCGGUUAAACAGGCUAUAUUGUAGCAACAACGAGGUGUUUUGAAACAUUGUGUGUCCUUCUCUCUGCUGCUUCAAAUGUCAAAGAACGAUUUGGAAGAUGACAUAUGGGAAUAUAAGCCUCUCAAGAAGAAGAAAAGAAAGGACAAAGAGACACCUGAUACUUUUAAUGGAUCCAUGGCUAAGUACAGACAAGCCUCACAAUGUUUAACCAAAGGAGAAACUUCUGUCCAAGUGAAGAACACAGUCAGACAUGUGAAGCUCACCAAAGUAGCUCCAAAUAAAACCCUCGGUGUGAAGGAAAAUGAGUCUAUUCAAAAUAAAGAGGUGGCGCGUAGGACACUUUCAACUCAAAAUAUCGCCUUUCCACAGUCGACACAAGAUGAUGAUAGUACACGUACUGCUGGAGAGAACGUGCACCGGGCAUCUUCCCCUGGAGGAAGUUCCUGUCCGAUCUGUCAGAUGCCAUUCUCUAUAUUGGUGGUGCAAUCGCAAAGAUGGCAUGUCGCAGAAUGUCUUGACAAUCCUGGGGAAGACCGCAAAGAAUGUCCCGAUGGUAUCCAGUGCUACUCCACAAUUCUGAGCCACUACCAGAGAUACAGCCACUCCCUGCUUGCCCACAGCCGAGCAACCAAUGAGGCGCCCUGCCUCAGCUUGGAGUUGGUAACCAAUGGCGGGGCCAAUUUAAGCUUUGAGAGCUCACAGGACAGCCAGAGUUCUUCUCCUAUUAACAGACACAGUGGAGCUACCUCCCCCACAAAGCCAAAUGCCCUUCUGCUGCUCCGGUCUCCUGCUCCAGAGGUAAUCCGGAAAAAAAAAGGCUGGUCACAUUCAACCAAAGUCUUGAAGUCUACCCUCCAAGACAAUAAAACAAAAGUGUCAACCCCCCAUAAGGACAAUAGGGGGAGUGAAGGCCUUGAGGGUGGUUUUGUCAAAGCAGAGCCCUCUGCUUCUAGUGAUGAUGAGAUCUCCUAUUCCCCCAUGUCUGAGUUUCCCCAAGAUAUAGAAGUUAAUAGGACACAACCAAAAAAAGCUCUAUUUCCAAGCAGUAUGUUGGAAGAUGGGGAAAAUAAUGACUCAAUGUUGUUGUUCAGUGAUGGAGUCUCAAGUGAUAAUGAGUUAUUUUCCAACCUUGUGGCUCAUUCUGAAACAAAUGAAGUUGUAGGUUCCCCAGUAUUCAGCGACAGCCAGGUGGUAUCGAUUAGCUCAUUAGUGCAUAGCAAUCACCUACCUAGCUUCUCAAGAGAAGAGCAUACAGAGGAUAACUGUAAUGCCUUCAGUGCUAGGCCUCCACUCCAGUCUCCCACUUACACAGACACGGAGUUGAACAUGUCAUUACCUCAAGUGCCUCCAUCUUCCCAAGCUUCCCCCACCCAACAUUCUCAGGCAACCAUGACAACUAGGAAGGGCAAGGCCUCUGGGCUCAAACAGACAGACAUUGGGGUGUUUUUUGGGCUCAAGCCCCUGAAGGACAAAGGGAAGGAGCAAGAGGCUGGGAACGUUUUACCUGGGGUGACUCUCCAUCAGGGACCUGUACUUGAAGAGCGCAAGGGAGGUAAAGAGGACCAUGGAGGACGUCAGAGGAAAGGCAGAAGUGCAAAUGCCACGGUGACCCCUAAAGUUGGAGUGCGAUCAGACGGUGGGAGUACACAGACUCCAAGUGAGGGAGGUAGGAAGAGGUGGAACAGGGGGAGAACCGAUGGAGAGCAAAGGGAGUCCAAGCGAUGCCCGUUUUAUAAAAAGAUUCCAGGCACUAUGUUUGCUGUGGAUGCUUUUCAGUAUGGGCUGGUUGAGGGCAUCACCACUUACUUCCUCACACACUUCCACUCAGACCACUAUGGAGGCCUGAAGAAGAGCUCUACAUUCCAUAUCUACUGUAACAGAAUCACAGGUAACCUGGUGAAGAGUAAGCUGAGGGUGGCUGAGCAGUAUGUCCACAUCCUGCCCAUGAACACCCAGGUCACUGUGGAUGGGUUCAAGGUCACACUGCUUGACGCCAACCACUGUCCAGGAGCUGCCAUGCUGCUGCUGUUCCUGCCCGAUGGCCAGACUGUGCUUCACACGGGAGACUUUAGAGCUGACCCUUCUAUGGAGGCCUACCACGAGCUGCUGAGCUGCCGAGUCCAGACACUCUACCUGGACACCACCUACUGCCGUCCUGAAUACACCUUCCCCACGCAGCAGGAGGUCAUAAACGUUGCGGCCAACACAGCCUUCAUGUGUGUGACCCUCAACCCUCGCACUCUGGUGGUGUGUGGCUCCUAUUCAGUUGGCAAAGAGAAAGUAUUCUUGGCUCUGGCAGAGGUACUGGGCUCCAAAGUUUGCCUGUCCCGGGACAAGUUCAACACCAUGUGUUGUCUGGAGUCAGAGCGCAUCCGCCAGCUCAUCACCACCGACUGGAAGGCCGCACAGGUCCAUGUGCUACCCAUGAUGCAACUGAACUUCAAAAACCUGCAGGCUCAUCUGAGUAGGUUCUCGAGGCAGUACGACCAGCUGGUGGCCUUCAAGCCCACAGGCUGGACCUUCAGUCAGAGGGUGGAGGCUGUGGAGGAUAUCAAGCCUAUGGUCCAUGGCAACAUCAGCAUCUAUGGCAUCCCCUACAGUGAGCACAGCAGCUACCUGGAGCUGAGGCGUUUUGUCCAGUGGCUGCGGCCCCUCAAGAUUAUCCCCACAGUCAACGUGGGCAGCUGGGCUAGCCGGAAGGCCAUGGAGAGGUGCUUCAGCGAGUGGCUAACAGAGGCUUACGAGGCUAAUAAUAUUAAAGGAAUCUAAAACAGGACACUUCAGUGUUCAUACACAGUGAAAACAGUAUAUGACACAAUACUUGAGUGUUAGCUAAUUGUUUUUUUCAGAUCCCCAUUAGCUUUUGCCAAAGCAGCGGGCUAUUCUUCCUGCGGUCCACACUAAAACACAAGUAACAAAACACUGAUACACAAGAACAGUUAUACAAAUUUAAAAUACAACGAUAUACAAACAAUACAACUAAAGAAUAAUUUGUGGCUAAAUUAUGUUUGUUACAGUGUCUGUGUGUGCCAUGAGAUGUUAUUUUCAUCAAUUAUUUUAAGGUAAUUUUUCUGUUUGUUUGGGUAAUUGGAGAUGGGAGUUCCAUGCAAUCAUGGCUCUGUAUAAUACUGUGCAUUGCCGUGAAUUUGUUUUGGACUUGGGGAGUGUGAAGUGACCCCUGGUGGCAUUUUUUUGUGGGGUAUGUAUGGGUGUCUGAAGAGACCCCUGGUGGCAUGUCUUGUGGGGUAUGUAUGGGUGUCUGAAGAGACCCCUGGUGGCAUGUCUUGUGGGGUAUGUAUGGGUGUCUGAAGAGACCCCUGGUGGCAUGUCUUGUGGGGUAUGUAUGGGUGUCUGAAGAGACCCCUGGUGGCAUGUCUUGUGGGGUAUGUAUGGGUGUCUGAAGAGACCCCUGGUGGCAUGUCUUGUGGGGUAUGUAUGGGUGUCUGAAGAGACCCCUGGUGGCAUGUCUUGUGGGGUAUGUAUGGGUGUCUGAAGAGACCCCUGGUGGCAUGUCUUGUGGGGUAUGUAUGGGUGUCUGAAGAGACCCCUGGUGGCAUGUCUUGUGGGGUAUGUAUGGGUGUCUGAGCUGAAUGUUAUUUGAUUAUGCAGGCAAUCUGGGAUUUUCAUUCCUCAUAAAAACUAGAAGAGAAGCAGUUAAUCUCUUGUCAUCCAGGAACCACUGGCAUGCAUGUUGUUGAUGUUUGUUAGGUAUGUGCAGUUAAGACAUGCAUCUUCACAAAUUUGUCAAGAUUACUUUGCCCAUGAUAACUGAACAUACAAUGUUUUACCUAGUUUAGCUCCCUCAACUUUCUUAUGCACAACUCCAGUUGAGGUUUAUCUCUUAGGCAAUGUUUUGAACCAAAUACAAUGAUUUUAGUUUUAGAUGUAUUUAAGACCAGUUUAUUAUUAAUCACCCAUUCUGAUACUAAUUAGUCCUUAUUUAGAAUUUCAGUCAGCUCACUGGCUUUGGGUGCUGACAUAUAGAGUGUAGAAUCAUCUACCUACAUAGUAAUUCUAGCUUCGCGUAAGACCAGUGGCAAAUCAUUUAUAAAAAUAGAGAAGAGUAACGGCCCAUGGGAACUUCCCUGAGGGACACCACACUGUAAAUCUCUGUUAUAUUGGAUCAAUAACUCUCCAGGUGAUGUAAAGCCAUAGCAAGUGAGUUUUUUUCAAUAACAAUGUAUGAUCAAUCACAUCAAAGGCUGCACUGAAAUCUAACAACACAGCUCCAACUAUCAUCUUAUCCAUUUAUUUUAACCAAUCAUCAGUAAUCUGAGUCAGUGCAGUUCAAGUUGAAUGCCCUUCUCCAUAUGCAUGCUGAAAGUCAGUAGUUAAAGAUAUAGCAAAUAGGGGUGACAAUACAGUUUGCUACCAUUCUCAAUAGUUUCACAUCAAGGUUGAUUAUCAUUAUUGAUGGAUAAUAAUACAUUUUUACAGCUCUCCCACACUAACUUGACCCUUAUUAUUAAAAUAUGUUUCCCAUUUCAAUGUUGUCAUUUAAUUUCUGAGUUUAUCAACUUAUCCACUUUACUCGUGAAAUAGUAAUUGAAAUGAUUGGCAAUAUCGAAAGGUUUUGUUAUAAGUGACCCAUCAACUUCAAUGAACUAUGAAGUCUAUAAAUAAAAAUUAUUUUUAACUGGG